GCUCACCGCCUUCCAGGUAUGCCACGCCUUUCCUUAUUCUUGACCACAAUGCAACGUCUGGCAAAUCCCAGCGGAGACGCCUUUUUGCCCUGCAGAAGCCAGAGCAUAGGUUCCACAUGACAUUGUGUCUGAGGCGGACUUUGCAGGCCUCGGGCAUCUUUAUCUACCGUUAGCCGAAUUGUUGUUCUACGUGUGUAGCUCAAUCGAGCUUAAGCUUUCCUUUACUGCAAUGCGGCCCGGCAAAGUUGAUGAAUUGACAGAGUCCCUCGCUCAACAAAUGUCGAAUUGGUUGGGAAAAUCAGUGGUCUCGAUUGACCAAAAAUCCGCGGCCGCUCCGGGGACAUGCGAAUCAAUAUAUUCUUGGAACGUAUGGAAGGACUGGGAGGCUGCAAAGUGCGCUGUGCCUCUCUUGCUCAGCGGGGUAACAGGAGUAGGCAAAACUACGACUGCCAAAUCGAUCCGCGAUCGGUACCUCCAAAGGAACGGCUUUGCUGCCCUGUCCUACUUCUUUGAUCCUUCGAUUGAGGCCACUAUUACAGCCAAGGCCUGUGUGAUUUAUCUCCUAUGGCAGCUGUGCGGACAACCGUCCGUGGGAGAAUUUCGCGAAUCGGCGUCUUUGUGGCACGCCGUGUCUCCCGCUUUUAAUACGUUCAGAGCUGCCGCUGAUUGCAAAUUCAGUCAUUUGCUGCAAAUCUUGGACGCGGCGUUGGAACUGUUGGGACCAUUUCUGCUGAUUGUGGGCUCGUUGGAUCACUGUCGAGAGGGAGAGGAUAAGGAUGAGCUAAUCGAUUACCUCGUGAAGCUCGCUGCAAGGUCCAAUGCACAGGUCAUUCUCACAUCUCUCACCGAUAUUCCACUACAGAGAUUGGGAAAGGAAUUCUCUCAUAUCCGCCUUGAACGCAACUUGGUCGAACCUGAUAUCUACCACUUCGUCACGGACGAGAUUAAUCGGACGCCCAAACUUCACAAACUACGUGCCGAAAUUCUCCAUGCCAUUUUGAAGCAUAGUGAUGGUAACUUCCUGCACGCUAGAUUGCUGAUAGAGGAUCUGAAAACUUCGCCGAAUACCACUACCUUGAAAGCUAAAAUGUCGUCCUUUGCCAGCAAGGUCCAGGCCGAAUACGAGCGACUGUUCACAGAAAGGAAUGAUCAGAUGAGCACCAGAGCUCGGGAACGUCGUGACAACAUUCUCCGCCUUGUCCUCGCGUCUAAACAACAUCAGAAAGCGGAGGCCAUUUCGCUUUUCAUGGCGGUUGACGAUUUGACUUGCACCAUCAACUACGAGAACGUCGACUUUGAGCCUGCUGCCGAGAUUGUGCAGUUAUGUCACCCUUUUAUCCAGAGAUCAGCCUCCGACCAUGUCCUACCUAUUCAUGAGUCAGCCAAGCUUUUUUUGCUGCAGCAACAUCUGGCGGCGGAUCAGUCGGAUCUAUUUCUUGCCCGGAAGUGCCUAGCUGUGCUCUGUCAAGACCAGUAUCGGAACCCACAAGCAGCUGUGGACUUGCUGAAAAAGCAUAUAUUGGAGAUCACCACCGAAGGCGCUGACGGACAGCCGACCACCGGAGAUUCAUCGGUGUAUAGGUACGCUGCACUAUACUUCCAGGAGCACGUUACAGCUGUAUCGGAACCUCCAGACGAUCUCAUUGAAAUGUUGGCUCGCUUUCUUCGAGGGACGGAAUAUGUAACCUGGUCUGAGAAUCUUUUUGACCUCAAGCAGCAAGCUAGCUUUGGCGGUCAUCUCACAGUUCUUAGCCGGUUGUCCACGUGGAGAAAAUUCCUCCCUGCGCCUAUUCAAGCCCGAAUUCCGUUGGACGAUUUCUUUGAGCAACCACACUUACGCCUAGCACAGAUACUGAAGGUUGAGUUUAGUGAUAAGCUUCUCCAAUACCUUCCUCUAGUUCGAAUUGGGGAUUUCUUCAAUGCAGGGGGUCAAUCGACGGAAGCGUGGCAGAAAGCAUACGAUAGCAAGGCAAUGGUCGUUUCUGGAACUACAGAGCUCCUGGGAAGUGAAGACCCCAUUGUCCUCAAAUUCAAAGCGUCUCUGUUACGAGAAUACUUCUGGCAGAAGCGAUUUUCCGAAGCCUUACAGGAGCUCUUAUCAUUGGUGGAAUCCCUGCGCCGUGUGGUAGGAGAUGAGAAUGUCGACUUGUAUAUGACUCUUUGGUUGCUGGGAUGGGCCUAUUUCUGUUUGUCACGAUUCGAAGAGUCAUCUGAUGCAUAUCAGGAGGCUCUUCGCGGACUUGAGAGGCUCCUUGGAAGCUCGCAUCGCAACUAUUUAAUGGUCCAACUCUACGAAGGACAUCGACUGGAACAACUGUUCCUGUUUGGAGAGGCCAUUUUGUUCUACUCCAAUAUUGUGGAGGUAUUGAGCCCGAUAGUUGGCCAGAUCAACGGAUUCGUGGCUAUGGCUCAAACAGCGUUGGGCGCAGUUCAACGAAAGCAGGGGAACUAUGCUGAAGCACAGAAGAAUCUUUUUGACGGGUGGGGAGGUCGAAAACAAAUUUUCAGUAUCAAUGUCAACGUGUGCCUGGAUGCGGCCUUUCAGCUUGCCCUGUUACUCAGGGAUAAAGGUGAUGGGGCGUCAUGCCUGGAGCUACUCGAAGAGGUCUCUAAUUCGUCGGUCCUGGAACAGGACUUUGAGCGGCGCUGCCAGAUGGUGCACAUUCGUUCUUUGGUCGAAUUCGACAAUGGGGAAUACGACAUCCCCAAGUUUGCCCUCCUCAACCUCCUCGAUCAGGCCACUGGCAGCAACCGAGACAGGAACAAUCGGGAAUUACUUUGGGUUCGCCUCACCCUUGCCGACGUCAUGGACAAACACGGAGAAGACAAGGAUGCCUUGAUGUUGUUCUCUGAGCUUGUUGAGCCUCGAGAGGGAGAUGCAACUCAGCUGAUUGAUGAACCGGAGCCUCCCUCGCAGCUGCGUCUCGCCAGAGACGCACUGAAACUUGUGAGAAAAGCUCAACUGAGCGAGAGUGACAAUCUUUUACGAGCAAAUAACCUUAAAUGGGUGCGGGACUCCGACUUCUGGAUCCUCGGCGAAGGCGGUCCCGUCACUGACACGGCAGUGAUUGCUCCGAUUAAGACAUGAAUCCCAGAGGGAAGAUGACGAAAGCUACGAAACACAUCUACAAUGGGGAGGAUUCCCAGCACCCGAGAGCCAAAAUGGGACACCAGUGCCGUUGAGAGACCCUUGCUCUAGGUCUCCUAUCACGCGUGGAAUAUAAAUAACAGUCUCGCGCGAAUGGCCUUCGCUCACUGGCCUCUAUAUGAGAAGACGGAUGCUCUGAGCGAUUCACACCACCCGUAUGGUCGUUGCAGGGCUUGAAGGUUUCGUUGGUUCGCUUACAGACUGAUACCCAGACCUGCGUCGUCGGAAUUCUGUUUGUGGAGCGUUGAGCCCGGGAUAUAUUCAUCAUGUUUAGUUGAAAGCAGAGUCAAUGCUCGGUAGGUCUGGCCUCCUGGCCGCUCUUGAUAAGGAGUAUUAGGAGAGUAAUGUGAUUCUGGUGAUUCUGUCGGGCUUGCAUAUCUAACUUGAAAGCAUUCAAAGUCUCCUUCAACACGGAGAUAUGGUUGCAAAUGUCGAAAACUUCACCUAAACACCGACUUGAUCAGGUUAUGACCUUACCUAGGUAUGUAUGGGAUGCUGGGGGUGUCGCUCGAGCGUGACCAGGAUUUGGCCAGAGCUAUCCCACGACGACGAGGCUGUGCCAACC